CAGAGAACAGUCAGCUGUGCUUUACUGUGGUAAAAAUGAAACAAAAAGUUAAGAGGUUAUCAUACAGACUCACUGCCUAACACUUCCUUUAUAAUCUCUAUCUCAGAAAGACCUCAGUCAGGACUGGUUGAUCGGAGCAGAGGGUAGGCUUCACAAUGUUGGCGGAAUAUGACCGGGCUCCACCAGGUGUGCCGCCCCUCGGGAGCUUCUCAGCUCCAACAGAUGGGAAGAGGUAUCUGAUGUAUCACGGCACCUCUGCUGUUGCAGCUGCACAAAUCAUGGCUCACGGGUUCAAACCUUCUGCAGACGGCAUGCUGGGACGUGGAGUUUAUCUCAGUCGAGAUCUGAACAAAGCCAGCAGAUACCCUCUGGAUGAGUUCGUACUUAAAAGAGUUGUUCUCAGGGUCGUAGUAAAUGUUGGAAGAGUGAAGAAAAUUGAUUACCAAGGUCACCCACUCCAGACGACCUGGCACGAUCACGGGUACGACACAGCCUGGUGUCCUCCGAACUGCGGCAUGGUUCCCAGUGGUCUGGAAGAAGACUGUGUGUGGGAUCCAAAACGUAUCCAGGUUAUUGGUUUAAUUUAUCCUGCUGUAUCGGCUGCUGUUGAGAACUCACACUCUGAGGGCUUCAUCAUGUGGGCAGAAGAUGACUUGGGUCCUCCAGAAGUGCCUUGUCUUGAAAGCCGCGCAAAGCCGAAAGAUAAAGGAGUGUAUCUGAUGUAUCACGGUACUUCUAGAUCUGCUGCUGAGAAGAUCAUGGCUUCUGGAUUUAAGCAAUCUAAAAAGGGCAUGCUGGGGCGUGGCGUUUACCUCAGCCGUGAUCUUAAUAAAGCCAGCAGAUACCCUCUGGAUUUACCUGAGAACCAGAGAGUCGUCCUGCGUGUAAAAGUUAAUGUAGGAAGGGUUAAGAAAAUUAACCGUCAGCGUCACCCACUGCAGAAGAGCUGGCAUGAUCACGGGUACGACACUGCCUGGUGUCCCCCGAACUGUGGCAUGGUUCCCAGUGGUCUUGAAGAAGACUGUGUGUGGGAUCCCAACCGUAUCCAGAUUAUUGAUGCAAUUUAUCCAACCCCUUCACACUGGUGUAGCAUACUGUAAACUCACAGUUACCCGCAGAAUGUUUCAUACAUCACUGACUUAUAGUAUGUACUGUAUGUUAAGUUUAAUAUACACUGUACUGUACUCAGU